AUUGUCUACAGAAGUCCUUAACUUGCGCAAGCACGACCUUAACAGGUUAUUGACCCGAAGUAAACUUUCCCCUUGCCCAUUGAUCAUUAACUCGCCCAACCUUACAGAGCAAACAUUGCACAUGACGUAUACGCAGCUACCGUCACAUGUGGGUGGGAGCCAGUCAGUGGCCAAAAUGGCAGCCAAUAUAACAAACAGUACAGUGUACUGCUUUACGGUGGACACUGUAUCUUUCUCCGACUAUGCUCUCAUCGUGGCGAUCCCCAUCCUUCUGCUGCUCUCGUUCCUGGAGAGCCGGGGCGAUGGAGGGCGUCGCAGCGGGAGUGGAGGCAGCAGGUGCCGCCGGCCGGGCUUGCUCGUCCCGGUGAACUUCCUCGACACGGGGCGAAACCGCUGGGCCUACGCGAUCACACUGGGCGCCUCCACCAACAUGUGCGUGACUCUGUUCAACGGGUCCUUCGGUGAUCACUUCGACAAGUGGUUUAAACUGCCCGACAACGACUCGAAGCCAUGGCUACAGCAACUCAUCGCCCUGGUUUCUGCCAUGGAGGUUGGACUCGUGUAUUUUCCCUUCCUGGCCUGCCUGAAAACCAGGUACAGAAUGGUCGGCUUACCUCUCGGACUUUGCUACUCAAUCAUGUGGUUCGUUGUGUACGUCCUAGAACACAUGGGGUGCCUCAACAAUCCCUCCUUUGUAUCAGCAGAGUUAGAAAUAACCUUACCGGGCGCUAUUUGCCACCUUAUCCUAGUCGUAAAAUUCGCUGAACUGUCUGUGUCGUGUUGUAAGAACUUCUGGACUAAAGGAUGUCGUAGUGUCGUCGACGACGACUUCGACAAAGUCGCGGGGGACAGCGACUUUCGGUACGUCCGACGGCUCUUUGCAAAGACGAGGCCCGACACAGGACCCGUUCCGUGGUACAAGUGGUAUUUUCGGAAGUACACCCGUGCGGAGGACGGGGUCCGUUUUUCGGCACGCAUGACGACAACCAUGGUGGUGUCUUUCCUUUGCCUGUAUUCUCUUGCAGUUCUCGAGAUGGAAAACGGCGCCGUCCUCAUUGAGUACAUACGGCAGCAAUCCAAACCUAUUGCUCCAAGGAUCGACCAUCUUCUGUACGCUUUCAAGGUGUCGUGGAUUGUGUCCGGGGUAGCGGCUCUCCUGAUCCACAUCGCUUACAUCCUCGUCAUCAUGGUGAACUACCGUAAGCACAUGCGGGCUCUGUAUCGGGGGGAUGUGUCCUGGAUGCCGAGCAGUUUCCAGCCAAGCACCGCGAACUCUAUCUACUCCGGUAUGAAGUACUCCGGCACGCAGAUAGCCUUCAUUCUGUGGGGUUUUAUCGUCCAACAGGCGACACUUCUCUUUAUCUGCGCCAUUAUCUAUGGCCUUGUCAGUUAUCCGAAUUUCAUUGUUCGGAUUCUGCAGUACAUAGGGCCGACGUUAGGUGUCACCGCUGCAACCUUGGCCGUUCAGAUGUCCCUCUCGGCCUUCGUGUUCUCUCAUGACAAAAUCAACCCGAGCGACGAGGACCGCCCGUUGGCCAUAGACAACCGGAAGCUCUACCACGUCACUUCCUACUUCCUGUUCUUCUUCAACGUCAUGGUGGGGCUGUUUACGUCACUGCUGCGGGUGCUGCUGUGAGGGUUUCUGGGCGGGAUGUCGCAGGCCAGGAUCGACCGCAGCGUCCUCAUGCCCGGGUUCGAGAACUGGGACGUCGGCUUCAGGUCGUACCUGGACAUGCUGCGGAUCGAGGUUUGCCACAACCACCCCGUUCUAUUGGUCUUCUGUCAACGCUUGCUGAACGCAGCGAAACGCAAACACCGCGAAAUGCUUGAGAUCAAGACAUGGCCAGGAGAUGAAGACCCUCAAUUAAGACCCCUUCUCGUCGAUGUAGACUUUACCUUCAAGUCCAGCGACGUUUUUGCCAACAAACGUUCCAAGUUCAAGUGGCUUGUGCUGUACACCGUCUUAAGAAACCCGACAGUCGUCGGCUCAAGAAAGCACGUCAUCAGUAUGGAGGAGGUCGAGCGAGACCAUGUCUACAGGUUCUUAGCUGAGAGACUCUUUGUUGCAAAGGCAAAAGGCGAACCUAGCAUGAAUGAGCUCUACCAGGGUGCUGGAAAUUUUCGCGUGAAGUCGCUUGAUAGAUCGUAUGGCACAUUCGGAGACACGGAAAUGUACAACAAGGCACGUGCAGGCCUGCAGCGUUCUCUAUCCCUACAGACUCAAUUCCGCUACACAACAGACGGUGGGGUUGUAAGGGGGUCAGGUCACCGAGCAAAAAUGGCGACGGUGAAUGCUUCGAACGUAUCUGUGGCGUCAAACACGACGGAAUCCUGCGUCCUUGUCGACACCUUCACAUUCUCCCAUUACUCUGCCGCCGUCGCGGCUGUCAUCCUCGUAUUCCUGUCGCUGUUCGAGAAGCGGACGAGUCGCCGGUGUUGCCGGGGAGACGACGACUGCACCGGCGGCAGGCCGGCCCUGCUCGUCCCCGUGAACUUCCUCACCACGGGCCGGGACCGCUGGGCCUACGCCUACGCCCUGGGCGCCUCCACCAACAUGUGCCUUCUCCUGUUCUUCAACGCGUUCCAGGACAAUGCUACCGGGUUUUAUGUCAGCUCGUCAGAUUCCGAGACCACUGAGACAAGCGCCUGGGUCAGUCAACUGAUCGCCCUCGCUUGCGCCGUCGAGGUAGGCCUUUGCUUCUUCCCCUUUCUCGCGUGCCUAAAGACCAGGUACCGGCUCAUUGGCGCUCCCAUAGGCCUGGGAUACUCCUUAGUAUGGCUGGCUGUGACUGUGAUAGACACCGUACAGUGUAUCGGCGAACGCUCGGCCUGGGACGUUAGUUCAACCCUCUCCACCUCUGCCGCCUACAUGGGUCUGCUGACGUCUCUUCCAGUCAUUGUUUGCCUCUCCAUCCUAGUGGUUAAGUUUACCCUCCUGAUAGUGGGCAGUUUCAAGUCGUGGUGUAAGGAGGGACGCGGCAGCCUCGUCGACAAGGAUUACGAGAAGAUCGCUCAAGACUUUGACUUCCUGUACGUCAGAACCCUUCUGAGGAAGAAGGAGGAACCUGAAAAGCUGCCCUGGUAUCGGCGGUGCUGCAGACGUAAGCCCGACGACGGCUUCCGCUUCUCGGCGCGCAUGACGACCACCAUGGUGGUGUCUCUACUCUGUCUGUACGAGUUCGCCGUGGCCGAGAUCCAAUCCGUCAGCAUCGGCCUUGAGGUUCUCCGCAGAGUCUACCAGAACGUCACGCAAAAUUUCCUGGAGAUCAACGGUCAGGUCGUGGUGGGGGCAAACACAACGGUGUCGAUCGACAACGUGCUCUUCGCAACACAGGUGUCGUGGAUCGUGUCGGGAGUGACGGCUUUCCUAAUCCACAUCGUGUACGUCCUCGUCAUCAUGGGCGCGUACCGGCGGCACGUGCGGCUGCUGUACCGGGGGGACAGGUCCUGGAUGCCCGCCAACUAUCAGCCCAGCACCCCGGUCUCCAUCACGGCAGGGAUGAAGUACUCGGGGAGCCAGAUAGCCUUCAUCUUGUGGGGAUUCAUCAUACAGCAGUUGACGUUCCUGUUGAUCUGUGCGGCCGUGUACAUCUGUAUCCUGUUCCCGGACCUGCUGUUGUGGCUGCUGGACUAUUUCGGCCCCGUCACCGCCGUCAGUCUCACCACGCUGAUCAUACAGAGGGUUAUGGCAACGGUGCUGUUCUCACAGAGCAAGAUCAACAAGAAGGACAAGGACAAGCCCCUCGCCAUAGACAACCGUCGGCUGUACCACAUCACGUCAUACUUCCUGUUCUUCUUCAACCUGAUGGUGGGCUUCUUCUCCUCCGUGUGGAGGCUGCUGUUGGGCGGCUUCAUGGGCGCCAUGCUGCAGGCACGGAUAGAUCACAGUGUGCUGAUGCGCAUCAUAGAGAACUGGGACUCCGGCUUCAAGUCUUACCUGGGGAUGCUGCGGAUCGAGGUGGCGCACACGCACCCGGUUCUACUCGUCUUCGUGCAGCAGCUGGUGGAUGCCACAAAGACUACGAAAAGGUGGUCAACCUCCGCAUCGUGGAAGAACGACACAGCCAAGACGGACGUAGUAAAGAUGUCUGUACAGAGCAUCGAAGAUGGGCAAGACUUCAAACAACGAGACUCUUCCUCUAGACUGUCGCGAGCGCGGUUCAAGUGGUUGGUACUGUACACCAUCUUCAGGAACCCCGACAUCAUCAACACCAGGAGAAAAGUACUGGAAAUGGAGGAGGUAGAGAAGAACGCAGCGUACGAGUUUCUCGUGGAAAGGAUUCUUGCGUCUAAAGCUGUAAACGCGCCAGAAGGUACCAAGUCCUACAGUUCAGUGGACGUGGAUACAAGGAGUCAACGUACCAACAGAACGAGUCUGGGCAGGUCAACGCAAUCUCUUAUCAAAGUAGACUGA